AAUGCUUGAUAGAGUUACCUCCUCCUGUCUACAGGUUGGGGUCAUGAUGGUGAACAAGUGUGCAAAGUUUCAAAGCCAUAUGUCAAUGGACUUUGAAAAUAUUUGAACUAUUACAAAAACUUUAACAUAAGUGGUUACGCCGACGCAGACGCGGACGCCGACGCUCGGGUGACUGCAAUAGCUCUACUUAUUCUUAUCGAAUAGUCGAGCUAAUAGAGGUCUUUUAUUAACCUUUUUCCCCAUAAGCAUAUUGUGAAAAAAUGGCCGUUUUCAUUGAAAAGCCUCCUGUCACAAGUUCAAACUGCUAUAAAACUAUGAAAAAUGCUUCAAUACUAAUGAAACUUGGCACAAAUGUUGACUGGACCAUAGCUUCUGUAACAGCAUGCUCAAUCAUAUAUUUCCUGGUAACGUGGCAACAGGGGGACAUAUCAAAAUUGCUAAAAAAUCACUAUUUUGCAUUUUUUUCCCCCAUCAAAACUGAUUUCAAAGUGCUGAAUUGAGAUGAUAGAGUAAAAGGCUUUUCAGCGUCGGUUACUAGUUACCCUAAGAUCGACCUGGGGCCAUUUUUAGCUUCUCACAUGUCCAAAAUUUUCUUGGCAAUGAGGAGGACUGCCGCCCCCCUUCAAAUCCCCCAAACAGAAGGGGGCACAUCCUCCUUCUGGCAACCCCCUUAUGUACCAUUUUGAUUGGGGUCUCCGCCGAAAAAGUGGUCACUUUUUUUAACAACAUUUCUCAAACGAAAAACAGUGUUUGGGGCCUAAAUAGGGCUGGUCAUCCAUCAAUUACUAUUAUGUCACACCGACACAGUAUAGAUUGUGGAGGAAGACCUCAGGUGCACUUCUGUACAUUAUUUCAAGCACGAACGGGCACCUGAGUAAAACCACCGGCCUUUACUAAGCUAGCUGGAUAGCUUCCUCACAUGAAAGAAUCCAAAGUCCCUGUCAAGAUUUGAACCCACAGCAGUGUAGUAGAAGCUAUUUAAUGGUUUUAGUAGAAGCUAUUUAAGGGUUUUUUAACCUUAGCUCUCUAGGCCCCUAAAAGGGACCUGAAUCACAUUAACUUGAGCAAACUUGAGAAAAAACAAGAUUGCAUUUGUGAAAAAUGCUAUGCCACCGCAUUAAUACAACACUAAAUAGUAAUGUUUUUGUUUCUAUACAAUUGAAGAUUGCCAAAAUGCAUAGAUCACUGACCCAUCUAAUUGUUAUUAUCAGAUAAGUACCUUCAGACAAGAAGAUUUUUAAAAAAAAUUUACGUGACAUAGUGACUGAAAAUCAAUGACCCCCGGGGCAGGGCCAAUUUUGACCCCAGGGCUAUAAUUUGAACAAUCUUGCUAGAGAUCACUUCACAAUUUUUCACCUCUAGCCUUUGUCACUUAGAGAAGAUGAUUUUUUAAAGUUUUUACUAUAUAAAUAAAGGAAAACCUAUGACCCCCGGGGCGGGGCUAAUUUUGACACUAGAGGCAAAAUUUGAACACUUUUGGGUACCUAUAGAUGAUAUCAUAUACCAAAUAUCAAAGCUCUAAGACUUGUACCUUCAUACAAUAAGAUUUUUUAAUUUUUUACUAUAUGUACAUAUAGUGAAAAUCAAUGACCCCCGGGGCAGGGUUGACCCCAGGGCUAUAAUUUGAACAAUCUUGCUAGAGGUUCACUACACAAUGUUUAAUGCAAAAUAUCUAACCUCUAGCCUUUGUCACUUUGAGAAGAUGAUUUUUUAAAGUUUUUACUAUAUACAUUAAGGAAAACCUAUGGCCCCUGGGGCGGGGCUAAUUUUGAAGCUAGAGGAAAAAUUUGUAUAACUUUUGUAGAGUACCUUUAGAUGAUAUCAUAUACUAAAUAUUAAAACUCUAUGCCUUGAACCUUCAGAACAGACGGUAUUUUAAGUUUUUACUAUAUGCACAUAUAGUGAAAAUCAAUGACCCGGGGCGGGGCCAAUUUUGACCCCAAGGCUAUAAUUUGAACAAUCUUGGUACAGGUCUUCCAGAAAAUGCCUUAUGCAAAAUAUCUAUGCUCUAGGCCUUGUGGGUCUUUACAAGAAGAUUUUUUAAAUUUAUUCUUACAAUUCCUUUUAGUUGCCAUGGCAACCAAAUUCCUGCAUGGAAUGAAAUUCUUUGAACAACUUUGGAAGCCCUUCACCCAAGGAUCAAUCCUGCCAAGUUUGGUUGAAAUUGGACUAGUGGUUUUUCAUAAGAGAUUUUUUAAGUUCACUAUAUAAUCUAUAUAACACACAAACACAUACACACAGGUGAAUCGCUAUAUCCAACUGCAUCACAGAUGCUGCAGUGGCAUAAAAACCUCUAAGAAUGUAACAGACAAAGUUUGGUGAUCAUCCAUCAAUUAGUUCAGUAGAAUUUUUUUUUAAGGUUUUUCUUUUUUUAGCUCUGUUGACCCCUAAAGGGGUCAAUUGAAAUGAUAAAAACAAAUUAAGUGUUAAUGUCACAUGGAUGCUGCAGACAAAAUUUGAAGUAAAUUUGCCCAGCAGUUUCAGAGAAGAUGAAUGUUAUUUAUAUAUAUAAAGUUUUAUUUAAUGCCUUAUGUUAAAUCUUUUCAAGUGAAAGAAACAGAAUUUCAUGCAUGGAUUGUAUGUAAAUAUCAAGAAUAUAGGUAUCAUGUAAUAUGACAAAGAUGUGCUUCCAACUAAGCAACAUCAAAAAAAAACAAACAGACUGUACAUACAUUAACAUUACUACCUAGAAUCUAAACCUACACUGUUAUAACGAAAACAUGCAGUAUUUUCUACUUACUGUAACAAAUAGUAUAACAUCAACGACAACAACACUGUUAGGUAUAACUAAUUUUGUGUGGAAUACUUUAUCUUUGUAUCUCAGGAUAAUUUUGGAAAAUUGAUUAAUAUACUGAAACCACAAAGACAUCAAGAAUUAUAGAAACACUUUUUUUUCUUUGGCCUGGAAAAUAUUAUUGGAAUUAAAUAAUUUUAUUGUGCAUUAUAACUUGGUGGGAAAAACAUAUAAUCAUAUUUCAUUACACAAGUGUUGGCAAAAAAUAUGUUUAAAUGAGAAUGUACUCAUAGCAGAAUUACAUUAGCUACAUAUGUUGCAGACACCUUGAAUCAAAUAAUUGUAAAGCAUGCUUAAUUUAGAACUCUUAGAAGCAUAAUUUAUUUCAAUUGAGGAAAUCUGGAUGUAAAAACUACAAAAUUUGAACUAAAUGUUAUUACUGCUUGAAUAUAAGUAAAAAGUGUAGAUAAUAAUUAAAGGGUUUGUGAAUGUGUAUAUGUGUGCAUAAAAAAUGACAGGAAUAACAAACAAAAAAUAUCAAUGAGUGGACCCAGCCAUGGAAUUAAAACAGAAAAUAAUAGAGUAGAUGAAUUUCAAAGCAGGGGAGGUAAAUCGGACCCUAUGAAGUUUGGAGGUCUAUCCAAGUUUGGAUUUCAGUCAAAUCAAAGGAGGAUGGGCAGUGGUAGUAAGGGAAAGAAACAUAAACAGGCCACGGCUCUUAAAAUAAUGGCUGAACUAGGCUCAGAGAGCAACGCUCAUGGUUUGGCCAAAAUAGCAACGUCAAAUACUACCAAAAGAAAAGUGCUUUGGUCCUUGCUUGUGAUAAUUGGAUUUACUGCUGCAACACUUCAACUUUCAUUCUUGGUGAAAAAGUUUCUCUCUUACCAAGUGGUUGAGGUCUCUAAUAUGAAGGAAGGAAUGCCUGUAGAAUUCCCAGCUGUAACUAUAUGCAAUAUUGCCACCAUUUCAUUAACUAAGGUAAAUGAUUUGUUAACACCAGGUUCAGACAUCAUGAAAUGGUUCCAUUUUAUUGCAGCAACAAAUUUUGGUGAACAUGCAUCCAGAAUGAACUCUCAUCAGGCAUUUUUUGAGAACUUACCAAACGAAGCCAGGUAUAUAGGUCACAGCAUAAAUAAUUUUGUUAUUAAUUGUAGAUUUAACAACCGAGAUUGUGGUGCUCAAAACUUUUCCCUCUUCUUUGAUGGUAAAAAUUAUUAUAAUUGUUAUACAUUCAAUAAUGGUUAUGAUGAGGAAAGAGAUCAACCUAAAGAAGAGAAGCUUCUUAUGCAUACAACUGGACCACAAAAUGGCCUGUCAUUGAUUCUGUCAUUAGAUAACGACAAUGCUCCACCUGGGGGUUACGGAAUUUAUGAUGUAAAAAACCAUAUGGCAUUCAGUGCAGGCGUUCGUACUCAAGUACAUGCACCAAACACAAUGCCAAGCCCAGCUGAUCAUGGGUUUGAUGUGCCGCCUGGAUAUUCCACAUCAGUUGGAUUAAAAGCUAUAUUACAUUCCCGGCUUCCAAGUCCACAUGGAAACUGUACAUUUACAACACUUCAAGGUGAGCGAACAUAUAGAAACACAUUAUUUACAUGUUUUCAACUUUGUAAACAGAGGAUUCUAGUGAAAGUUUGUGGAUGUAAAACAGCUGCUUUACCCAUGUACAAGGAAACCGACCCUUUUGCAAAAGAUUUACCAUAUUGUGGAACAGUAAAAAAUUGGCGUGAAAAAUUAGAUCUUUUUAAAGCCAAAGAUAAGGUAGAACUGAAAACAUUAAUGUGUGAACACAAAGUGUUGCAGAAUUUAAACAAUGAUCGAAGUUAUGAAAAGACAUGCCAGUGUUUCCAGCCAUGCAAAGAGACAGCAUAUCAGAAGUCACUAUCUCUUUCCUACUGGCCUCUUGAGUUUAACCAAUUAAGUGCUUUACAAGAAUUCUAUAAAGACCCGAAAAACAUAGAAACUCAAAUUCUUCAAGAGGCCUUUGAUAAACUUAACACCACUCUUAGUCACUAUGGUGAAUUGGCCCAAAAAGGGAUACAUCAGGAAUAUAAUGAGUCUGACCUUAAUAACCUAAUUCGAGCCUCUACAUUGAUCCGUCAAAACCUAAUUCGCCUGAACAUAUAUUUAGAAGAUUUAAGCAUUGUCGAAUUCAUGCAGAUGCCGGCUUAUGACCUAGCAGACCUAUUUGCAGACAUUGGCGGGACACUAGGAUUAUGGAUGGGUAUUUCUGUGUUAACAAUCAUGGAGCUAGUGGAGCUUAUAGUUAGUCUCGUCAUGCUCCUCUUUCACUCUGAAACCGAUGUCUCAGGUGAUUCAACCACAAGUAAUGAGGAACACCAAGAAAAACAAAACAUGAUAGACCAUCAUAAUACUUUAAUGUCAAAUGAUUCAAAAUAUAAUCAUUUUCAAUACAACAGAACUUAUGAUAAGCAUACAGAUUCACCUAUUUAGCAGUGCCUGUAAGAUUUAAAUCACUGUAAAAAUCUAUUUCAUACAUUUGUCAGAACAAGUUGAAAGGAAGUUUUUUGAUGAGAAACAUGGAUUUUUUCACAGAAAACUCUCCUUUAUUGUUACACUUACUAAAGAUAAUAUCCUCAUUUCUAGCAUUAUCUGAAAGAGCUUUGAACGUUCUGUUGAAAAUGUGAAGGAUAAGUGCUUUAGAAUACAGAAUAAAGUUUUAUCACUUGACAGUGGAAUACACAAAAGCAUUAUUAGGAAGCAAAACAUCAACUUUUUAUCAAUGCUAAAUGAAAAUAGGCAUUUGGAUCUGAACAGUAUGACAUGGUAAAAAGUUCCUUAUUCUGUUGUCAAUUUUUGUACUAGAUUUAUAGUAUAAAAGCACUGUAAACUCUCUAUGCAAGGACUGAAACAAGGUCAACUUGUGACAAGGCAAUAAUGGCAAGCAUUUGAUUGGCUGAUUCUCAGAACAUACUAGGAAAAAUGCUGUACAGUUAAGAUGACUGAAAAUAUUGUUGCAAUUAUAGAUAGUUCCUGAUAUUUAGUGAUCGUUUUUCGUCCAGCGUCAGGCCAUCCGUAAACUUUUACUUCAAACGACAUCUCCUCAUAAACCCUAAAGCCAAUUUCAUCCAAACUUCAUAGGAAUGUUCCUUUGCUAGUCAACUUUAAAAAUUGUUCAAAGAAUUUAAUUCCAUGCAGAACUCUGGUUGCCAUGGCAACCGAAAGAAAAAACUUAAAAAAUUUUCUUUUAAAAAACCGAAAGAGCUAAAGCUUAAAUAUUUGGCAUGAAACAUCGUCUUGUCAGUGUCUACCAAGUUUAUACAAAUAAAAGCCCUGAGAUCAAAAUUGACCCCGCCCGGGGGGGGUCAUUGAUUUUCCUUAUUUGUAUAUAGUAAAAACUUCAAAAAUGUUCUUUUAAAAAAUCCAAUUAGCUAGAGCUUAGAUAUUAAGCAUGAAACAUCUUCUAGUGGGUGUCUACCGAGUUUGUUCAAACAAAAGCCCUUGGGUCAAAAUUAGCCCCACCCCUGGAGGUCAUUGUUUAUCCCUUUAUGUAUAUAGUAAAAACUUCAAAAAAUCUUCUUUUAAAAAACUCUAAGAGCUAGAGCUAAGAUAUUUAGCAUGAAACAUCUUCUAAUGGGUGUCUACCAAGUUUGUUCAAAUAAGGGCCCUGGUGUUAAAAUUGGCCCCAACCCGUAUCGUAAGAACUUAAAAAAUCUUCUUAAAAAAAAAACCAAGACACUAAGCAUGAAAUAUCUUCUAGUCAGUGGCUACCUAGUUUGUUCAAACAAAAGCCCUGGGGUCAAAAUUGGCCCCCCCAUUAUAUAUAUAUAAAUAUAUAUAUUAUGUAAAAAGAAAAAAAUGUCCUGAAACAAAAUAUUAUUCAGCUAUUUAAAGAAGGGGUUUUAUCUGUUAAACAAUUUAUGUGCCAUUCAAUUUUUAGGCAACUUACUAUCACAUUUUUUCAUACAGCAUUCUUUUUUAAAAUUCAAACAAUAAAGUUUUAAGAAGAUAUAUAUUUUGAACAAGAGCGAUCAGUAAUCACAUGUGUCGCCUCAUGAUGGCCAAUUUCAUGUUGGGACAAAUUUUGUGACAGAAGGACAGACAGAUGGACAGUGCACAACUAGACUUGGUACUGAUCAUUCCUGUAAAGUUUGGAUGAAAUUGCACCAGUAGUUUAUGAGGAGUA